CUCGAGCGAGACCGGUGCGACGACGGCUACCAGCAAACCCCAUCACCCGCGGCCAAUUGACUGACCAGCACAACUCACGAUGCGCCGGACGAUACAACGACUCGCCAGCGUCAAGCCGGUGCGCUACCUCGAGCCCGGCACGCCCACGGGUCUGACGGGCCUGCGCACCCACGCCUCGCCGCGCGCCACCCUCCUCUACCUGUACUCGACCACCCUGGAACAGCUCAAGGCCGUGCCCGAGCACUCGGUCUACCGCCAGUCCGUCGAGGCCCUGACCAAGCACCGCAUGGCCAUCGUCGAGGCCGCCGUCCCGCCCGGCCACGCCGAGUGGUUGGCCCGCGCUCAGAAGAUCAUCGCCGAGGACCCGGCCCGCUUCGAGGCCUCGGCCGCAAAGGGCCGCGUCGACGGUGGCAGCAUCACCCGCGUCGAGAGGGACGGCGCCAGCUUCUUGGUCCGCCACAUGCCGCGCGUGCGUGACGUCCGCGACCAGGAGUGGGACGGCGAGAUCAACGAGGGCCCCGAGCUGGAGGGCUCCAGGACCGAGGAGGAGCGUGCCGAGCAGGCUGUCAUCUUCACUAGGAAGCCCCACGAUAGCCCUUCUGCCCAGACUGCUUGGGAGCCCGAGCCUCAGCUUACCGCGGACCAGAUCGAGGAGGUUGAGAACAAGAUUGGUGCCGGUCUUAUUGAGGAGGUUGUUCAGGUUGCUGAGGGCGAGUUGAAGUUGGUCACCACCAUGACCCAAGCCAAGGUAUGGGAGAGCUUAGACGAGCAGCCCGCCGAGGGCCAGUGGGUUUACUUUGAGCGAAAGGCCUGAUCAACAGUCGCAUGACGGGCGUUCCGUAUCGUUAUAAACGUGGGCUCGCGUUGGAAAUAGGCCACGGGAAAAGUCCACGCUGUACGGUAGAAAGAGACUGGCGGCGAUGUACAUAGGGGCCCAAGUCAGUUCAAGGAGGCAAAGAGCGUUCUUGCGGGGCAGUUCAAUGGGCAUGUGUGAGUGUGAAUACAAUGCUAAUUGUGAUGAUAGCAGAGAGAUCUGUGGCCAAAUGAGUGUUUAGUCGGGAACACCCAGGGAGA